CUAACAGAUGACAGUGAAUUUCAAAAUCAAUAAGAAACGGAAGCAACAAAGUCGGACAUAUUUUAUUUUAGUGCAGUGCGUUCAUCCAAGUCCGUGCAAUAUUAUCAAAAAUGCAACAUGGACAACAAGAUACAUCUGUACUUCCAUCUGGAGUUUCCAACUUCCGGAUGCCUUAUUAACAGAUCGGCGCUGUGUAUACCCCUUGCUUACUCAUUUCGGUCACUUGCUGACUUGCAAACAGCAAUCUCAACACUGCUGCAACCGUUUGAUUGUUAUGGGAUUUGUUUUAUUGACCCUUUGAUUGACGUUUGGGAUACAGUGUCGCUGCAAAUUUGCAAUCCAAUGGAAGAUCUUUCUCUUGCAGUGACUACGAGCGACCGAAGGGCCGUCGUGUCUAACGUUAUUUUUGCAGCAACAGGAGACUUUUAUGAACCAGAUUCUAAUGUUGUGCAACUGAUUUGCGAGGUUGUUGCAAAGGAAUUUGCCAAUCUAUCCGCUACAUUAUUGUCUUCCAACGCGCGCUCCAAGCACCCCAUUGCGCCUUUCAUUGAGCUCCUGACAAAGUCGUCAGCCAUUGCAGAUGACAGCGCACUGCACCGCUUUGUCCAACGGAUGAUUUUUCUCGAUACGAUGAAAUCUGUCAAAAAGGAUACCGGAGAGAUUCUUGCUACAAAAUCGCGUAGUCGUUUAAAUGAACUCCGUGGGGGUUUAAAAGAAAUCGGAUGGAGCGCCGAGCAGAUUGCGAAUGUGGUUGAAGAUUCCACAGGCGUCGUUAAAAUGGCUCGGCUGGCGCGUAUUGAUCAAGCUUGCAAAAAUAUGGACUUACCGACGUACUCACAGUUCUGUAACAGUAGACAAUGUGCCACAGCAAAGCCACGAAAAGAAUUGUUCCGGGUGAUAGCGACGUUUCUUCCGCAGGAACUCACUCGUCAACGAAUCUCGGAUUUGCUGUGGGACUUCUUUGAUUAUUUUCUUGCAGACACCGUAAAAGUCAUCGUGGAUCUCGUGCUGGUAAUUCGCCAUGAUCGUAAAAAUUCUACAUUUUUGCGGUAUGAAAUACUUCGGAGCCAACAAGAUGGUUCAGUGGUCGUGGCGAAUGUAUUUCCUGUAUUGAGCUGUGCUAUGAAACCUAAAAUAACCACACACGAAGUGCGGGAGAUAUGUCGAAUUUUUUGUAUGAAUCGAUUGCAGGCCAACAAAACCGACGGGAUGUUUUUCAGACCAAUUAUGUUUUAUCUGUGAUAGUGUGAUGCGCUUUUUUGUCGAAAUGACAAUAUUUCGGGUGUAGUUUUGGUGUACAUAAUUUAUGUACAAACUGGGACAAUAAAAUUGCAA